AUGUUGCACUACCUGUUGUUUGUUGAGUUGACGGGAUUUCGUUUGUUGCCUGUGUGUUGGUACCUCUGAUUAUGACAUGAAAGCAAGAUGGCGAGUUCAUCUCCGUUUGAUGGUUCAUUGUGAUAAUUUCUCUCAGAUGUUGCUUUCUGAACAUUAUUUCGGAAUGGUGUACUGCUCUAAAUAUUUGUGAAAUUUUUUAUAUUUAACGUGGAAGUGUUAGUAGUAUGAGUGUUAUUGAUUUAACUAAAAUGUGUCUUUAAGCCACCUGAGGAAUGUUGGUUUUUUUCAGUGAUUUGUGAUUUGGUCAGGUGUUUUCAUUUUAGUCGAAAUUAAAAAUUUUGUUCCUGCGCAGUGAGUGAAGUUACAGAGUUCAGAUGUAUUUGUGUCGUGGGGAUGCUUUACGUCGGGUCUCUUGUCAAUGUUGGGAAACAAAAGCUUGAACUAUUUGUUUUGAUCGACCGUGAUAGAAUAAUAAUUUGAGAGGUCGGAAGGAGAAAGAGUUCCGGCCGGAGUGAUGGCCUUCAGUGAGAAGGUCGACCCGGAGCUGAUCUUCACAAAACAGGAGAAGAUCGGCAAGGGCUCCUUCGGCGAGGUAUUCAAAGGAGUUGAUAACAGAACCCAACAAGUGGUCGCUAUAAAGAUAAUAGACCUCGAAGAAGCCGAAGAUGAAAUCGAGGACAUUCAACAAGAAAUCAUGGUGCUGUCGCAGUGUGACAGCCCAUACGUCACUAAAUACUACGGGUCAUAUUUGAAGGGAACAAAAUUAUGGAUUAUAAUGGAGUAUUUGGGCGGCGGGUCCGCUUUGGACUUGAUGAAAGCGGGCAGCUUCGAGGAGAUGCACAUAGCGGUGAUACUGCGCGAGGUGCUGCGGGGUUUGGACUAUCUCCACUCAGAGAGGAAGCUGCACCGUGACAUCAAGGCCGCCAAUGUGCUGCUUAGUGAAAUGGGCGACGUUAAGCUCGCUGACUUUGGUGUGGCUGGUCAGCUAACGAAUACAACUAGCAAACGGAACACAUUCGUGGGUACGCCGUUCUGGAUGGCGCCCGAGGUGAUCAAACAGUCGUGCUACGAUAGCAAGGCCGACAUUUGGUCUUUGGGGAUCACAGCUAUCGAACUAGCCAAGGGUGAACCGCCCAACUCGGAAUUGCACCCCAUGAGGGUACUGUUCCUAAUACCCAAGAAUAACCCUCCCCAGCUAACCGGGAGCUACUCCAAGCCUUUCAAAGAGUUCGUCGAGGCGUGCCUCAAUAAGGACCCAGAUAAUAGACCAACGGCAAAGGAGUUACUUAAGUUCCAAUUUAUCAGGAAAGCUAAGAAGAAUUCAUAUUUAAUGGAUCUUAUAGAUAGGUAUAAGAAAUGGAAGUCGCAGCGGAGCGAGGAGAGCGAAACAGAAUCGGAGAAUUCUGAUUCUGAGGAGUGCCGGGGCGGUGACGGCGAAGCGGACGAGCCGUGGAUAAUGACUGUGCGCGGAGGAGCAGCCGCUAGAGCGCUGCAAACAUCGGAUGAUAAGCGUCGUCCGCCGCCUGAUACCGGUAAUUAUAAUACAUACACAUUCAAAUAUCAAUUCUCAUUGAUAGAUAGAUAACUCAUACUGAUUUCUUAUGUAUUCACG